AUGCCGCCUUAUACUCCGGGUCCCAACGCGGAAACCACCCACGAUCGGACCAGAGAGUUUCCACCAUCUAGUUACGACCUCAUGGUCAGCUAUGACUCAUUUAAUCUCCAACAUCUGAUCUCUCCACGUCCAUUGUUGAUGGUCGCCGGAUCCAAAGGCCAGGCUCUUCACUAUAGUGAGGACGCUGUAGCUACUGCCCGUGCACCGAAGGGACUGUUCAUCGUCGAAGGAAAGAACCACUUCGAUCUCUACGAUGACCUUACAGUGUCUGGCCCGAAGCUUGUGAAAUUUUUCGGAGACAAUCUUUAA